AUGUACAAAGAAUUUGGUAUAACGGUAGUUGACCAUUAUGAUCCCUUCGAGGCUGCGGCAAAGGCGGUAAAGGACCAAUUUUAUGUCAGGUUGCGUUUCAGGCUGUAUCAGUGUCGAAUCCAUGAUAUCUUGAUCGUUCUCGAUGAUUUCAAUGCGACGAGGGAAAAGAAUGAGCUGCCUCGAUAUCUGGGAUCACACGGCAUAGGCGAGCGGCACAUCGUUUCCUCAAAAAUCAACGUGUUGGCACAAUUCUGUAAUAGUGCAAUCCACGCUAAGACUGGAAACCUGAAAGGCAGCUGCUACGACAACUACGAAGCAUUAGCCGAGGUGGUGGCAUCGAAGAGAGUGAAACGAAGGACCUCAGAAGAGAUGAAGAGUUUGCUAGAGAAGGGAAGUAGGAUGAAGAGAGAUAAAACCGACACGUUGGAGUGCAUUCUUCUACGCAAACUCAUUCGAAGGAAGCUGAAGGAGGACUUCGAAACCUUCCAGUUCUGA